CCUUGGUGAAGGUUGAAACAAACGGGAGCUCGAGCCCGUUUGGCGUCGACGGCCAGUGCACCGAUCAGAGGACGGGAAAUGAAAGGCAAAGUUCAGCCGGUUUUACUUGAUCUAUGGUUUCUCAGUCGCUGUUCGUGCCGGAGGAACCCCCUGAACCUGAAUCCUGAUUUCUCCCAACCCAGCUGAUAAAACAGGGUAGGAAUUUGGGAUAGUGCCCGUCCUCUCCCUGAAUCGUGAAGUCAAAGAGAGGGAACAUGGACGACGUCGGGGCGGCGGCGAUCAAGCACGCAUUGAGGGCGCUGAAGCAACGCCAUCUGCUGGAGGAGGCAGCUCAUGGCCCUGCUUUUAUCGCAAUCUCUCGCCCACUUACAUCUCCUGCAACAGUUUGGAAGGAGAAAUUGGAAAGCCUUGAGCAGGAGCUUCAACAGUGCUACAAAGCUCAAUCACGUUUGUCGGAACAACUUGUCACUGAGGUCGCAGAGUGCAGAACCUUGAAAGCUCAAGUUCAGGAAAAGGAUGAAGCAAUGAGUGGCCUUCAAGAGGAGCUUAAGAAAGAAAGGGAGGAAUCCUCUCGGCUGAAGAUCAUCUUGGAGGAGAGAUCAAAAGCUUUGGAUCUGGUUAUAGGUGAGAACCAGGCGCUUAGGGAACGCCUAGAUGAUGCUGUACAGAGAGCGAAGAAAGUGGAGUCAGAGAACAAGAUGUUGAUUGAUCGCUGGAUGGCAGAAAAGAUGCAGCACGCUGAACAGCUUAAUGAGGCCAAUGCUUUAUAUGAAGAUCUGAGGAAUCGACUACGGGCAAGUAGCUUAGAGCAACUUGCCCUUCAGCAAGUUGAUGGUGUAGUUCGGCAAAGUGAAGCAGUUUCUGCUGAUUUUGUAUCAUCAGCCAUUCCAUCAACAUGCAAGCGCAAAAUUCCAGCGCAUAAGGGUAGUUGUGCUUCAGUGAUGUUUGAGAACAAUUCAAAUAAGUUAAUCAGUGGUGGGCAGGAGCAGACUGUAAAAUUUUGGGAUGCGAACACAGGCAAUUCGUGUGGAUCCUUGUCUGGCUGCCUUGGUUCUGUGCUUGACAUGGCAGUUUCUCAUGAUAACAAAACAGUUAUAGCUGCAAGUAGCUCCAACAACUUGUAUGUCUGGGAUGUGGGUUCUGGUCGAAUCCGUCAUACUCUAACCGGACAUACUGACAAAGUCUGUGCUGUUGAUAUUGGCAAACUGUCCAACCGAUUAUUGGUGAGUGCUGCUUAUGAUCGAACCAUAAAGACUUGGGACCUGCAGAAAGGUUACUGUCUCAACACAAUAAUGUCACAUAGUAAUUGUAAUGCACUUUGUUUUAGUGCCGAUGGGCAGACGAUAUGCAGUGGUCAUGUUGAUGGAAAUCUACGGAUGUGGGAUACCAGAACAGGGAAACUAAUGAGUGAAGUUGCUGCUCACUCUCAGAUUGUUACCUCAAUCUCAUUAUCUCGUAGUGGGAACAUUGUUCUGACAAGUGGUAGAGACAACUUGCAUAAUCUCUUUGAUGUAAGGACCCUUGAGGUUUGUGGCACAUUUAGAUCAAAUGGCGUCAAAAUUGCAUCUAAUUGGAGCCGUUCUUGCAUAAGCUCUGAUGACAACUAUGUAGCAGCAGGAUCAUCAGAUGGUGCUGUAUAUGUCUGGUCAAGAUUGAGCCCAGACACUGUGAGCAGGUUAGUUGAACACACAGCUCCAGUCCUUGCUUGUACCUGGAGUGGGCUUGGAACGCCUUUAGCAUCUGCUGAUAAGAGUGGAACUAUUUGCAUAUGGACAUGAUGUGUGGUUUGACUGCAGAAACAGUUAAUGUUCCCUUGUGUAAAUUAUUUUUCUUUUUUGGCGCUUUAUUUUUUAGAAGAUUUGCCCUGUAUAUGAACUGCCCCUCAAAUGUCAGGAUUACAAAUGUUUGGUAUCUGUUGAGGAAACAACAAACUCUUCUUCCAUGUGGAUGAACAUGUAAAGCAGAACUCAUCCCUUGGAGACCAUGUCUUUAUCUUGCUACGUCUGAUGAAGUUCAAUCUUGGAUCUUUAUGAUA